AUGUCCGAUCAAGAACAACAACCUCCCACUCCUAAUCCCGACUCCACAAACACUACACCCAACAAGCCUAAGCGUGCCCCUCCCAAGCUAGGCAAGAAGUCUCCCGCCAAACAAGAACAAACCCCUCCAGCCUCGGAACAAGAACAAGAGGAAAAGCCCAAAGACACCGAACAAGAACAAGAAGAAGAAAACCCCAAACAACAAGAACCGGACUCGGAGCCUGAACCAGAGCCCGAACAAGAAGAAGAAGAGGCAGAGCCAGAACCUGAACCAGAACCUAAGCCCGAAAGACGUCGUCGUAGACCUCGUCCCCGUCCUCAAGAAUCAGACACCGAAUCCAUCCCCCGCGAAAUGGAACCUGAGCCCAGACAACGUCGCGUCCGUCGCCAGCGGCGCCCAGAGCAACAACAACAAAACGGUCCCCUCGGCGGCCUACCCGGUGUCGGCGGCGCCGAUCAAGCCGGCCAGCUCGUACAGAACACAGCCGGUAAUGCCCUGAACGGGGUGACCGGCAGUGCAGGCAAGGCCGUGGGCGGUAUUCUCAACGGCGGCGAAGAGAAGAAAGAUGACGACGGUGGUCGUGAUGAACAGCUUCGUUUGCGAUUGGACCUUAAUCUGGAUAUCGAGGUUCAACUGAAGGCGAAGAUUCAUGGUGAUUUGACGAUUGGUUUGCUUAAUUAA